AAAUAGACUUGUUUUGUUGAAGAUUACCGGUAGGAAGUCGGAAGUCAGGAAAUCAUGUUCGCUCUCAGCCGUAAUGUCAGCAAUGUAGCCAAAAAUGCCGUACGCGGCAAGCACACCUUGCCCAAGCUGCCAUACGACUAUGCAGCUUUGGAACCCAUUGUCUGUCGGGAAAUUAUGGAAUUACAUCACACCAAACAUCACCAGACCUAUGUCAACAACUUGAACGCUGCCGAAGAACAGUUGGCCGAGGCCCAGAGCAAAAAUGAUGUUACCAAGAUCAUCUCUUUGGCUCCUGCUUUGCGUUUCAACGGUGGUGGCCACAUUAACCACUCAAUCUUCUGGCAGAACUUGACCAGCGAAAAAACUGAACCGUCUGCUGACUUGAAGAAGGCUAUUGAAGCGCAAUGGAAGAGUUUGGAUGCUUUCAAAAAAGAAAUGACCGCACUUACCGUAGCUGUUCAAGGCUCUGGCUGGGGAUGGCUGGGCUACAACAAGAAAACUCAAAAGUUGCAAAUUGUAGCUAUGCCAAAUCAAGAUCCAUUGGAAGCCAGUACUGGUUUGGUUCCAUUGUUCGGCAUUGAUGUCUGGGAACACGCCUACUAUUUGCAAUACAAAAACCUUCGCCCAUCUUAUGUUGAGGCUAUCUGGGACAUUGCCAACUGGAAUGAUAUUUCCAAACGUUUCGCUGACGCCAAGUAAGAAGCAGCGCGGGCG